GCAUCUCUCAGUUCGUGCCGAGCAUGGCAAUGUGUUUUAACGCUUUCCUCCGUCGGGAGUGAAGAAGCUCGAUUGUUUUUUUUUUGUUGACAAUUUUCAUGUGCCACGGGACAGUUAUGGUUGUUAACAGAUAUCAAAAUGAAUGAAAGUGUAUGUUAAUAAAGGUGUUUAUAUAAAAAUAGUGAAUAAUGUCUCGAAAUAAUGGAAAAUUUAACUUUGUGACUAAGUGUCGUUCCCUCCUUAGGUUUUCAUGACGUUUGAAAUACUUGAUUUUAUGAAAGGAGGGAAGAAUAAAGAUUUACAAUAAAUAAAGAAGAAAAGUAAAUGCGAAUUUCGCAGAAAUGUACAUAAAACACGUAAAUAUUUUACGAUUUUAGAAUGGCUCUAGGGAAAUUGAGGGGCGCCCUCGCUGCCUGCAUCUUGUGCACUCUCGUAGUAUCUUCUACUUAUGGCUCUCCAACUCUUCUGUUUGCAACUCACAGGGAUAUCCGAGUGGCUAAUAUUUCUCGAGGCAAUAAAGUUUUAACAAUAGUUAAAGACCUUUCUCAGGGAGCAGCGUUGGAUUUUUUCUGGGAAAAAAGGCUAGUCUGUUGGUCUGACAGUGGCUUAGAAAUGAUUCAAUGCGUUAAAACCAAUGGUACUCAUGCUGGAGAACGAAUAACUAUUGUUAAUUCUAGUUUAAUAUCACCGGAUGGGCUUGCGUGUGAUUGGUUCACUGGGAAACUUUAUUGGACUGAUGGAGAGAAAAACAGGAUUGAAGUGACGAGUAUUGAUGGUGAACAACAUCGAAAAGUACUCUUCUGGACAGAUAUUUACGAGCCACGAGCUAUAGCCUUGGUACCUAUGAGAAGUAUAAUGUUUUGGACUGACUGGGGAGACGUCCCAAAGAUUGAGAGAGCUGCUAUGAACGGUGAUCCCAAGACUAGAGAAAUCAUUGUAUCUGACGACAUCUUCUGGCCUAAUGGAUUGACUGUAGAUUAUGAAAACGAGUUAAUUUAUUGGGCAGAUGGUAGACUAAGAUUUAUAGCUGUGAUGGAUUAUCGAGGAAAGAAUAGAAGAAAAAUAGUUAAAGAAGGCCUAGAUUACCCUUUUGCCAUUUCAUUUUUUGAGCAAAAACUAUAUUGGACUGAUUGGAAGACUUGGUGUAUUCAUUCACAUGAUGUUCGAUCAACAACAAGCCAAUCUCAUCCUCGAGAAUUAUUUCAUGGUGAAUAUGUACCUGGAGAUAUCGAAGUAUGGGACCCUAGAAGACAACCUUUCACGGAUAAUCCAUGUAGACAUAAUAAUGGAAAUUGUUCUCACCUGUGUUUACUCAAUCCUGAUCCACCUGGAUAUUCUUGUGCUUGUCCAACAGGAGUUAAGUUAAUCAACAAUUAUACUUGUGCAAAAAGACCUGAAGAAGUGUUACUGAUAGUUCAACAAACAGAAAUCUGUAGAUUAUCGUUAGACUCUCCAGAUUAUACCAAUGUUGUUUUACCUUUAACAGGUGUCAAACAUGCAAUAGCCAUUGAUUUUGAUCCUGUUGAUGAGAUGUUUUAUUGGACUGAUGAAAAAGCACGAGCCAUUCGACGUGCAUAUUUAGAUGGAUCGGGUCAAGAAGAUAUUGUCAUCACAGAAGUUACAAAUCCUGAAGGUAUUGCUAUCGAUUGGAUCGCAAGGAAUAUGUACUGGACAGAUACAGGGACUGAUAGAAUUCAAGUAGCACGAUUAAAUGGAACAUGUCGAAAGGUUCUAAUAAAUGAAGAUCUUUUAGAUCCAAGAGCUAUUGCUCUAGCUCCAGAGCUUGGUUGGAUGUUUUGGACCGAUUGGAACGAAAGAAGACCCAAAAUCGAACGAAGUAAUCUUGAUGGCAGUGAAAGAACUUUGCUUAUCACUAAAGACAUCACUUGGCCCAAUGGAAUCGCUUUGGAUCUCGAAAGGAAAAAGGUUUACUGGUGUGACGCAAAGACGGAUAAGAUUGAAGUUUGUAAUAUGGAUGGAUCAGACAGAAGAGAAGUUAUCACGGAUAAUCUUCCACAUCUUUUUGGAUUAAGUCUCUUGGGAGACUUUUUAUACUGGACAGAUUGGCAAAGGAGAAGUAUUGACCGAGCGCAUAAACUCACUGGAGCUGAUAGAGAAGUAAUCGUGGAUCAAAUUCCAAAUGUCAUGGGAGUAAAAGCUGUUCACUUGGGGAGAAUUCAAGGGACUAAUCCUUGUGCUAAUAAUAACGGAGGAUGUAGUCAUCUUUGUUUGAAUAGACCAAAAAAUAAUUAUGUUUGUGCGUGUCAGAUUGGAUAUGAGUUGAAGAAGGAUCAAAAAACUUGCGUCAUUCCUGAUGCUUUUCUCUUAUUUUCGAGGAAAGAUAAUAUUGGAAGAAUUAGUAUUGAAAAUGCCAACAAUGAUAAUAUUAUUCCGGUGACAGGAGUAAAAGAUGCUAGUGCUUUAGAUUUCGACAUGACCCAGAAUAGAAUUUAUUGGACGGACGUAAAGCUAAAAACAAUAACAAGGGCUUUCAUAAAUGGUUCAGAAGUCGAGAAGGUCGUCGACUUGGGUUUAGAAACACCUGAGGGUUUAGCAAUCGACUGGAUCGCUCACAACUUAUAUUGGAGUGAUACCGGCACUCGAAGAAUCGAAGUAGUGCGAUUGGAGGAUGGUAGUAGAAAAGUUUUAAUCUGGCAAGAUCUUAUGGAGCCUCGAUGCUUGGCAUUAGAUCCAGUGCAAGGCCAUAUGUAUUGGAGUGAAUGGGGAAACUCUGGAAGUAUUGAAAGAGCAGACUUGGAUGGCACUUCGAGACAAGUAAUCUUAUCGAACAUCGGUCGUACUCAUGGCUUGACGAUUGAUCACGCCUCACGGCAACUGUACUGGGCGGAUCUCUACACGCCUGCCAUCGACAGCUACAAUCUUAAGACGUCUAAACGUAAGGCAGUCAUUACUCAGGACAUUGUUUACCCCUUUGGAAUUACUCAGUAUCUAGACUAUAUUUAUUGGACAGACUGGAAUACUGGAGAUAUUGAGAGAGCCAACAAAACAACCGGUGCAAAUCGAACAAAAAUUCAUGAUAAACUAGAAUCUGUUACUGACAUCCUGGUCUUUCAUGCAUCAAGACAGGCUGGAACAAAUACAUGUGCAAUUAAUAACGGUGAUUGCAGUCAUAUUUGCAUCGCCCUACCUGAUCCUGCUGCUAAUCAGUCACAUUCUCACAAGUGUACGUGCCCAACACAUUACAGUUUAGCAUCUAAUAAUAAGACAUGCAUUGCUCCACGUAAUUUUAUGGUUUAUAGUAUGAGAAAUGUCAUGGGAAGAAUUCUUCCCGAAGGCGAUGAUUGUCCAGACAUUGUGUUGCGCGUUCAAGGAUUGAAAAAUGUACGAUCGAUUGAAUUUGAUCCAAUAACUCAACAUAUUUACUGGAUAGACGGACGUUCUAUGUCAAUACGAAAAGCUCUUGAGAAUAAGACGCACGCUUCAGUGAUAAUUCCCGGAGGGACAGGCUCUCAUCCCUUUGAUCUUGCUCUUGAUCCUUUGGGUAGACUGCUCUUUUGGUCGUGCUCAGAAAAUGAUGCAAUAAACGUGACAAGACUCGACAAUGGUUCUGUUCUCGGAGUGGUUGUCAAGGGUGACGGAGAAAAACCGAGGAAUAUUGCUGUGCAUCCAGAGAAACGUCUACUCUUUUGGACUGAUAUCGGAGGGAAAAUGAAAAUAGUGCAAAGUGGAAUGGAUGGCAAAGACCGUAUAAUUGUUGCUACAGAUUUAAAUCAACCAACCAGUCUAACCGUUGAUACUGUCUCGAAUCUUAUUUUUUGGGCUCAUGGUCGACAAAUUGAAGUUGCUGAACUCGGCGGAAAAUCACGAAGAGUCUUAAUCUCUGUUGAAGAUCCAGGAUCAAUUGCAUAUCUUUCAAUCUUAGAUAGUUAUCUGUAUUGGUUCAAUCGUGCAUCUCAACUUGUUGAACAUGUUAAUAAGACUUCUGGAGCAGGAAGAAAAACAUUGAUGAAUCGAUCACUCACCGAUCUUGUAGCUGUAAAAACACCAGAUGAUCAAGUGAUGGAAUCACAUCCCUGCAGUCCUUUUCAAGAUUAUGGUGGUUGUUCUCACUUUUGCAUUGGUUCCGGAACUACUGCCAAGUGUUCUUGUCCUCAAUACCUAGUACUUUCCGAUGAUAAAAGAACCUGCAGCGCUGCUCCUGCUUGUGGAGCUGAUCAUUUUACUUGUGCAGAUUCCAGCUCAGCACUUACCAAAGACUGUAUACCUGUCAUUUGGAAAUGCGAUGGACGAGCAGAUUGUCCUGAUGGCAGUGAUGAACUUGGAUGUCCUAUAUGUGAUCGAGAUCAGUAUCGAUGCCAAAGUGGACAGUGUAUAGAUCUUUCUUGGGUCUGUGAUGGCACAGUACAAUGUCAAGAUGGUGGUGAUGAAGCUCACUGUUGUCAACCUGGUCAAUUUCGAUGUACACUAACAUCAGUUUGUAUUGCGGGAAAUACGUUAUGCGAUGGUUGGGAGAAUUGUGCAGAUGGCAGUGAUGAAUCAGCUGCAGUCUGUUCACCAUUAAAUCGACGUCAAGACAUUGGGCCGUUAGCAGAAGGAGGCAAGAGUGCUUAUAUUAUUGCGAUUCUUGCGGUUAUGGGUGUCAUUAGCAUUACUGUACUGGUAUUCUAUUAUUGCCGGAAAAGACUUUCAAGCAGUGAAGAAUUGCCAGAUAUUCUACAUGACUCAGCGGGAGACCCGCUUUCACCGAAGCCUGGGAGGUCCGGUAAACCAAUGCUUGUGCAAAAAAAUGGAGUUAAAGAUCUCAAAGCUGGUUUAAAAACUGUAAGAAUGUCCACAUUAACUGGAAGUAGCAUUGGCUCCAGCUACGAUCGCAGUCAUAUCACAGGUGCGUCAAGUUCCACUCGUGGGAGUUCAGCUGGUGGUUAUCCCCAAGAGACUUUAAAUCCCCCACCAAGUCCUGCAACAACAGCUAACUCUACAAGAUGUUCAAGCAGUAAUGCUUCAAGAUAUCGUCCUUAUAGACAUUAUCGUACUAUAAAUCAACCACCUCCGCCAACACCGUGUAGUACGGAUGUCUGUGAUGAGUCAGAUUGCAAUUAUCCUGCUCGGUAUAGGUAUGAAAGUGAGCCCUUUCCUCCACCUCCAACACCUCGAUCAGUAUAUCACAGUGAUGCAGGAAUCAGUUGUCCACCAUCUCCUAGUUCUAGAUCUUCAACAUAUUUUAGUCCACUUCCACCUCCUCCUUCACCUGUACCAUAAAACAUAUAUCAAAAAAAUUUGGUGCUUCCUCAAAAUGGUACUUUAGAGCAAUUAAAGUAUUUUAAGAUUUUUAUAAAAGAAAAAAUUAAUCAACAAUUUAACAAAAAACGAGCUUUAUAUCAAAUAAGUUCAGUAUCACUAUAUCAAUCAUUUGAUAUUAAAAUGAUAUAGUUAUUUGUUCUUACAAAAUUUAAAAAUAGAUUUAAAUUUUUUUGAAAAAAGUAGAUCUUACAUUUGGAUAAUGAUGAAGGUGCUAAUUAUUUGUAGAUAAUGCACGCGCGGGCAUUUAUUGGUUAGCCACAUAGUAGUAUAAAGUGCAAAUAAUUGUUUUAAUUACACAAAUUGUUAUUUUAUUCAUGUACAGAAAUAAUUCAAUCCUCAGUGCCUAAAAAAACCGUGGUUAGUAUUUUUUUUAAAAAGAAUAUUCCCAUGGUAAAAUGUAAAUAGUGUAUGUGUGUAUAUAAAAAUUAAUUUUUAACUAAAGUAAAAGAGUUAGAAUGAAUGGAGAAUGAAUAGAUAUUAUUAGUAUGAGUGUGAAGGACACAAGUUCACUUGAGGUACCGUCCGAGGGUCUCAACAUAUAUACUUGAACAAGAUUAGACAUAUUCGUUAUAAGAUACCGAGGAGUUUUUAUAUGAAAUUGCUGUCUGUUUGAAGAAAUCACCUAAAGUAAACUCUCGAAAAGCUCGCCAAACUACUUGAUCAUUUAAGAUUUUAUAAAAAAUUAUAAAAUAUCCUUCACAUUCAUAUCUCAUGAAUAGAUACUAUUCCAUUGUAUAGAUAAAUGUAUGCAUCAGAUAAGUUAUAAUAUUGAAAAUGAUAACGCAGAUUUCACACAUUGGCUAUUAUGUCUGCAUGCAAAAGCCAUUUUAUUAUUUUUAUCUAUACUGUUAAUUGUGAUGAAAAUUAUAUCGUAUUAUAUAUAACGUUAAUAUUUUUAUCAUUAGAAAAGAAAAGUUUAGUUUUUAUGUUCUUUACCUGAUGUGGCACGUGACCAAAGGCUGCUUCGAGUAAAAUUAUUAUUAAAUAAAAUUAUACAGUGGUAAUCAAAACUAUCUAGACUUUUGUUAUUUUUUGUUUAGAAAAUAAUUUGUAAAAUUUUUGAGAUUUAAAAUUAA